UUUUACCCUGGAUGCUUCAGUGUGGGACAGCAUUAGAGGGGUUUAUCAUAUUCAGAGAGGUAGCAUUUGGUGGUAAACAUAAUUGUGUUUUAGCAGGAAAGUAGUUGUGAAGGAAUGCAGGUCCAGUCGGUGCCUCUCGGUUCUGUCACCAUCGGACCGGAGUCUUGGCGCGAUGGGACGGUCCGGUCCAUCCGGCGGGCGGAGCGCCUUGUGCGGCAGACUCGGGCCGGGCGGUCCGGGACGUGCAGCCGGCCUCAGAGCUGCAGCGCGGCCGCCAGGUUCACCCCAAAGCGCACAGACUGCACAGCGGAAACAAACGAAGAUAAGAUCACAGGAGAGGAAUGUGGAGAGAGUCGUGACUGCGUCUGCAAAAAUAAGAUGUUGAGGCCUCAAACUACCGGAGCGAUGUUCCCCAGUGGUUCCCAGAGGGCGCCUUUGGCCCCAUUCCCGCCUACCAGCUUGCGUGAGCAGUGUGCCGGGGCCAGCGUUGCAAUGGCCAGUGAGUACAUGCGGAGGGUGCGUGAAGUGGAGGGCCAGCUACGCAGGCAGGCUGGCAGGGUGACCCAGGAGGGCAUCAAGCUGGAGAGGGAGAGGGGUCACCUGGAGAGGAUGCUGCGCAGCAUCAGGACUGAUCUGACUGUCAACAGUAGGAGCUCGGAGGGGAGGACCAGGAGGCCCUCCGCCGCUGAGACUGAGAGAGAUGGUGCUGAUUACUUGUUGUCGUGUGAGAGAAGAGAGCUGGCCCAGUUGAAACAGGAUCUGGAGGGAGCGCUGAGAGACACUCUGACCCAGCUACAGGCCCUGGGGCAGAGCAGCAGACAGCUGCUGGACUGUGCCAGUGAGAGGGCUCGUGUCCUGGAGCUGCUGCCUCACAGCGGCUCUGCUGGAGGACACGGCAUCGCUGCUCAGGCAUACAACAAAACAGACCCCGUCAGCCCCUUUACACCAGAGUGUAAACAGGUUUUAGAGUUCUCCACUUUGACAGUCGACCAGUCACAGCUACUGAGGGAACACGUCAGACAGAUGCUCACCAGCGCCAUCGCCAGGCAGAAAGCUGUUCACCGCACCGUCAAUGAUGGUUUGGUGAAGAAAAUUGCAGAGACAAUCAGUCUGCAGCAAAACCUCACUUUGAUGUCUGCAGCCACCAGACAGGCUGUGUUUCGCAAGCAGAGGGAAAUUAACUGUAUUCGUCACAGCCACGACAGAGUGCAGGGUCCAGAGUACAGCGGUGACGUACUGUCCAGAGAGAAACUCAACAGGCCUCUGGUGCAGGUUUAUCACAGACACCCAGGGACACAGUUACCUGAGGCUGCUCAUCUCAUACAGGGCAGUGCAGUGCUGCAGCGAUGUCUAAUGUCCUCUGAGGGUGAGCUGGCGAGGCUGCAGCGCGCCUGUCUGCAGCUGCUGGACGACCAGCACGGCAAGAGAGUAGCCGCUCAGGUGGACUCAGCCGUCAUCCGCAUGAGGCGUCAGCAGGUCGACAAGCGAGCCAUGCCUUCUGCCCUCCAGCAGGGGGCGUGCAGAAGCCAACUCCCCUUGUCUUGUAUUCAGUUGGGCAGCAAACAGCAGAGAGAGGUGAUGGCUUUAAGUGUGUUGUGAGAAAUAGGGACCAGCCUUCGUGAAAAAUGUACUGUAUUAGACUAAUAAAAUGUGAUACACAAAAGUAUAAGGACACCCCUGUUCACAUACUCGUGUACUUUUGGUCUAUACUACAGCAUAUUUAGAAUAGUGUGCUUUCCUGUUUCUGUUACCCCCACGCACAAGGUCCAUGUCCACAAUGGUUCAGUAUGGUGUGGAAGAACAUGAGCAUGAUCCUACACUGAGCUGCACACAUGGAGUUGGACAUUUUCUCUUUUGUGUAUGUUUUAAACACUGGAAAUGUAUUAAAGUUCAAACAAAGUGUUACAAGUUACAUAACAAUGUGCAAGUAUUGCUCGCUUGCCCGGGGGAAGUAAGAUGCCACGUCAGGUUAGUAAAUCCAGCAACCCACUUGCCCGAUCGGGCUUCUUAAGUGGUAACAAAUAAUUAAACACAUUUUUAGGAAACAGGAGUUUAGUUGGGUAGUGUUAGAGGAUGUAGAAUAAACUUAUUGUUAUUUGAUAAAUAUGAAUUAAUAAAAUAAUGUGAAAUAACGUUGAACCCUGUAAUGGGCUGUAUUUAUGUGACGUGAUGUUAUCUUAACGUCCCUGAUGCAGCAGACCCCAGCCAACUGUCAUUUCAGUGUUAAAAGAAAUGCCAAGACUUUAUUUGCUGUUACCAUUUAAUGUAGUUAUCUUUCCUGGAAUAAAAAUAUGACCAAAAAGACAGUCGUGUCUAAUCUGAUAAUUGUAUCGAACAAUGUAUUUUAUUUUAAGAUAUAAUCUGACAAACUGCCUCAUUGUGAACUAAAACAGCUAUAAAGACUUUAAAAACCAUUCCUACCAUGU